AUGUGGAUAAUUUUGUCAUUGAUAUGGAUUGUACAUUGUAUUUUAUGUCCAUACUUUGUAUAUUCGGCAUCGGUGCAUACAAAUCGAAAUGAUAAGGAUAUUCCUCGUGCUAUCCCCCAAGUAUCACCAUCUGAAAGAUUUUCUUUUCAUAAUGCAAAUGAAAAAAAUGUUCCAUCUGAUGAAACAGAUACCGUACUUUUAUUAAUGUUACCAAAAAAUAAAGGUGAUUAUUUAUACAACAGUGGUGGUCAAGAAGAAUGGCAAAUACAACGAGAUAAACCGACAGAAUUUAUUGUCUAUGGUUAUCGUCUGAAUGGGUCAAUAGUUUCGUUUACCACUCAUUAUGACUCGUGUGAAUAUGAUCGGAAGGAUCGACAGUAUUUGUUAACGAUAAUACCUGAUUUAUCAUUAAAAAAUCAGCAACAAAUAAUUGAACGAGCACAUAUAACAUUGAAUUUACCCUAUUAUAGUUCAACACUGUACAUAUGUUUAAAAGGAUUAAAAUCAAAAGAUAUUUAUCAUCAAGGUGCUCGUCCAUCAUUAAAAAUUAUUGUAACACAACGUACAUUACCUGUGUGGAUAACAAUUUGUUUUCUUGUUAUAUUAUUAACGUUUUCUGGCUUAUUUUCAGGACUUAAUCUUGGCUUGAUGUCUCUUACACCACAUGAUCUAAUGGUUAUCCAAGAUGCUGGUUCACCGAAUGAUCAAAAAUAUGCUAAACGUAUAUUACCGGUGAGAAAACGUGGUAAUUUUUUAUUGUGCACGAUAUUACUGGGUAAUGUGCUGGUGAAUUCAACAACAACAAUACUCUUGGAUUCUCUAAUUAGUGGAGCAUUAGCUGUUGGAUUAGCUACGUUAGCCAUUGUAAUAUUUGGUGAAAUUAUUCCGCAGGCUAUCUGUUCUCGACACGGUCUGAAAGUGGGGAGUCAAACGAUAUGGAUAACAAAAUUUUUUAUGUUAGCCACAUUACCAGUUGCAUUUC